AUGUUAACAUUAUCGAUGAAUAUACACAAUUUAAUACGCCUUAAUGCAUUCCAGAGAAAUCUUCUACGAGUUCAAUUGGUUUCGUUUCGGUAUUUAAAAAUUAAGAUCGAACCACCCAGAAAAAAAGAAACACACGGAACAAAGAAUCGUCGCCUUGGAAGGUUCUUCGCACCAAGUUUGACCGUUUACAGACCACAAUUGACGUCGGUGUUGUCUAUAUCGAAUCGAGCGAGUUCACUUUUAGUUACUAUGUAUACUUGGGGAUUAGGAAUAGGCGCUUUAAUAUCCUCGCACGAUAAUGCACAUUUUGUUACAAUGCUAGAUGGAUUGCAAAUGAGUUCUGCAUCUUUAUUUAUUUUAAAAUUCAUGAUCGCUUUUCCAUUUGCUUACCAUUGUUGCGCUAGUGUCAGAGUUUUAACCUGGGAAACAGGAAAUUUUCUCUCUCUGAAGGGAAUUUAUCUUACUGGAUAUAUAGCAAUUGCAGCUACCAUACUUACAGCCGCUGGCUUGGCGAGUUUGUAAACGUCUGUUUGUGACUUUAAUAAAAAAAAUGUUUAAAACAUACAAAAAUAUAUGUUCAAAUAUAUACUUUUAAAUGGCCAGUUAGUACCACCGAUUUCAGAAUAUUUAUUGAGUUCAAUUGAGUGUUUUUUGGGGUGGGGUUUAGUAGCG